UUCAUAUUCAUUUUCAUAUUCAUUUUCAUUUCCCUUGAUUCUACUAUCGAGGUCCGAAGCACUAUCAAUCAAUCAAUCAAUCAAUCUUCAUCUAGACGACUUGGACCUACCCAGUAGAUUCUCCCACCCCAUCCUCCAUUCUUUGUCACAGACAUCACUCUCGCGUUCUCCAUCAAAACCAUUACAUAUAUUGGCCCUUCUCCACUCUCAGAAUUUACAUCCAAAAAGUCCAGUGCACACUCGAGACACUGCACAAAGGGGCAACAGAUCUCUCACUGCCCUGACCAUUUACCGAAUGCGAUGAAAUCCCAGAAGAUUCGAAACAACAAAGAAUGCACCAGCCAGUAAUAGAGACUGGUCCUCGAAAGCAUUGCUUAAGAAUCAAAUAUUGUAUCAUCCAGGUAGAUCGUAGCAAGCAAGUAUUGAAAAACACAAAGACACCCCGUCCGUCGUCCCAAAGGAUUGGGUAAUACAUAUAUAUAUACAUAUAUAUAUUUAUAUAUUACCAGUACACAGAUACCUAUAUAUACUCUCCGUACAUGUCCCUAGGCAUUUAUACUUUCAGCCCUGUCCUAUCUGGCUGUAUUGGGAAUCUUUCUAGAAUUUCCAAGAGAUGGAUGAUUGAAUGGAUGAACGACCUCCAUGCAUUGUAUGUACUCGCUCACUCAUUCACACUGUAUGUAUUUGUAACCUUGGAUUUUCUUUGGGAUAAAUGCUAAAUAACUUAUUACGAACGGAGUCUUUUAUCAUUUGUAAAUUCUUAUUUAUUCAUUCAUUUGGGUGAAUAACCUCAUUUCUUUGAAUAUCCAAAUCGCUUGAGCAUAUCGAUCGAAUUACGUUCCUUUUACAACUAUAUUUUACCCAAAAUUUUAUCAUCUAUACCCUCUGGACCAUUUCUCUCACCACAUAUACCCUAUCAUCAGGUCUAUCUAUCUCAUGGCGAUCAUCAACACCAAAGAAAUCAUAAUGAAAGAUCCUCUUUCCCCUCAUUCCUCACAUUUCGAUUUCGGUACUCCUCCUCCUUCACCACCACCAUCAACCACCACCUCGAAAUCUCCAUGUCUUCCUCCGUUCACAUCAAAUUCAAAGACUAGUUCAACAGUCACGCCUAUAUCCGAUAAAUAUUCGACUUCGAAACCAUGGUACCAUACCACUAUUGGAAAACGUUUAGGUCCGAAAGCACGUGAGUUAUUGGAAAAUUAUAGUCAUAUACCUCCCGAGGAAGUAGAUGCGCAUGUCUAUAAAAUGCGCGAUCUCCUCUGGAAUCAAACCCCCUACCCUUCCAUCGGGAAUUUUUCCUUCCUAACCCUGCGUCUACUGACUCACCCACUUUAUCCCCGCAUCGUUGAGAUUCUCUCCACACCAUCUACACCUUCUAAUGCACCGGCUCUUUUUCUUGAUCUCGGUUGUUGUGUUGCACAAGAACUCCGUUCUCUUGCUUACCAUGCCCGUAUCCCUCCCUCUCAACUCUACGGCACAGAUUACAACGCCUCCUUCCUAAAAUCCUCCUACAAAAUCUUCCUUGAUGCUUCUCACCCCCAAUCCCAAUCCCAGUCUCCAUCUCAAUCCUUCACUCUCCUCCCAGCCAAUAUCCUCGAUCCCAAUUUCUUCACUCUCACUUUCAGAAACCACAUCCAUUCCUUCUCCAUCAUCCACGCUUCUCUCUUCAUGCAUCUCUUCACCUGGGAUCAACAACUCCUCGUUUGCGCUAAUAUAGUCAAACUCCUCAAAAACACCGAAGGCGCCCUAUUCGUCGGGUGUAUGGUGGGGAAACAGGGAGGCGGAACAGGGGAACAGGGGAGAUGGCUUCAUGAUGCGGAUUCAUGGGUUAGAUUGUGGGGGGAAGUUUGGGAGCAAGUAGGUAUGACGGGGAGUUGGAAGGUUCAAGGAGAAUUGAGAGACUUACCCGGGGAUUUGGGAAAGGAGGGAGAGGAUGAAGAGGAGUGGGAGGAACGUAUGGUGGGGAAGGAGGGCGUGGGAGUGGGCCUUUUUGAAUUCUCGGUUGAGAGGACGGGAAUGGGGAGUAGAGAGUCGAGGUUGAGGAAUACGUGAUUGAUAUACAUUUAUAUAUAUAUGGAUGUUUGUAUGUUUGUAUGGAAUUUCUAUAUGGGCAGGCGUGCAGCGCAGGGAUAAUCCAAUGUUAGUAUUGAUUUGAUUUCUAUAUGCAAGUGUAUGGACGAUGAAUUGGACAUGGAUGGAUAUAUGAGAUAGUAUAGAUAGGAAAUGAACUUUU